AUGACUGCUUUUUCUUCUUUGUUUUUGUGGAUAGAUGAGGUGAAAGGUGACCGGUCAGCUGAAGUGGUUGAAUGGUCAGCUGAAGUGGUUGACUGGUCAGCUGAGGUGGUUGACUGGUCAGCUGAGGUGGAAGGUGCCUGGUCAGCUGAGGUGCUUGACUGGUCAGCUGAAGUGGUUGACUGGUCAGCUGAAGUGGUUGACUGGUCAGCUGAGGUGGUUGACUGGUCAGCUGAGGUGGAAGGUGCCUGGUCAGCUGAGGUGCUUGACUGGUCAGCUGAAGUGGUUGACUGGUCAGCUGAAGUGGUUGACCGGUCAGCUGAUGUGGAAGCUGAGGUGGUUGACUGGUCAGCUGAAGUGGUUGACUGGUCAGCUGAGGUGGUUGACUGGUCAGCUGAAGUGGUUGACUGGUCAGCUGAAGUGGUUGACCGGUCAGCUGAUGUGGAAGCUGAGGUGGAAGGUGCCCGGUCAGCUGAGGUGGAAGGUGCCCGGUCAGCUGAGGUAAAAGGUGAUCGGUCAGCUGAGGUGGAAGGUGACCAGUCAGCUGAGCUGAGGUGGAAGGUGCCCGGUCAGCUGAGGUGGUAA